UACUGAAGCGGUUGCCGGUUGGUUGCUGUAGUUACAGCUCGGGGGGAAAGAGAAGCGUUACACCUGCGCUCCAUCUGAGAACUUUCUCUCUGUAUAUGCUUUCUCCAUCAGGUGUCUGCAGGUUGGAGAUGCAUGCGGCCAUAAUCCCAUUGAGCUGACGUACUGCAGAUCCUCUCUGUGUCUGUGGUGAAAAUGCCAGCUGUGAUCCAGGAUAAAGAGGAUUCUGGGUCUCAGUCAGAUGAAGAGCUGGAGUGCCAUCCCUGUAUAGCCUGGAGUGGGAUAAGCAGAAAGAUCCCAGUUUUCCUCUUCCAUGCUGAAGCUGUUGUGUCCAAAGAUGAAACAAUUUGUUCCAUUGGAGAAAGGUACAACUUGGCCUUCAAGAUUGUUCGCACAGAGAGUCGACUCAUUCGAAACAUUCUUGUGAAUCAUGGGUUCCAUGAGGUCCAUCCAAAUAGUAAUGAUUUCAACCUCAUGUGGACAGGCUCCCACCUUAAGCCGUAUCUGCUCCGCAGUUUGCAGGAUUUCCAGAAAGUCAACCACUUCCCCAGGUCAAAUGAGCUGACGCGAAAAGACCGGCUGUACAAAAACAUUCAGCGGAUGCAGCAGGCUCAUGGAUUUCAAAACUUCCACAUUGUACCCCAGACAUUUGUUCUUCCUGCCGAAUAUCAGGAUUUUCGCAAUGCAUUCUCUAAGGACAAGGGCCCAUGGAUUAUCAAACCUGUCGCAUCUUCCAGAGGCAGAGGAAUCUAUCUGGUCAGCAGUCCAAGUCAGAUCUCGCUGGACGAAAACAUCCUGGUGUCACGGUAUAUUAACAACCCCUUACUGAUUGAUGACUUUAAGUUUGACGUUCGAUUAUAUGUAUUGGUGACAUCUUAUGACCCGCUCAUUAUCUAUGUCUAUGAAGAGGGUUUAACUAGAUUUGCUACUGUGAAGUAUGACCAUGCUGUGAAAAACAUCAAGAACCAGUUCAUGCACCUCACCAACUACAGUGUAAACAAGAAGAGCAGUGACUAUGUCAGCUGUGAUGACCCUGAAAUAGAGGAUUAUGGGAACAAAUGGAGCAUGAGUGCAAUGUUGAGGUAUUUAAAAGAGGAGGGAAAGGACACCACAUUGCUGAUGGGUCAGAUAGAGGACCUGAUCAUUAAAGCUGUCCUGAGUGCAGAGUUACAGAUUGCUACAGCCUGCAAGAUGUUUGUCCCUCAUCGCAACAACUGCUUUGAACUGUAUGGUUUUGAUGUUCUCAUCGAUUCCAACCUCAAGCCAUGGCUCCUGGAAGUGAACCUCUCUCCAUCAUUGGCAUGUGAUACUCCUCUUGACCUGAAAAUAAAGGCCAGCAUGAUCUCAGAUAUGUUUUCUCUUGUGGGAUUUGUAUGCCAGGACCCGCUACUAAAACAGAUGCGGGCAGAUAAGGCUGGAUUUGACCCAGCUGUAAAGAACCUCAAAACUCAGUGUCAGAGACCACACUCUGCUAAUAAUGCUGAGGGUCUGAAAGAGAAACAGGGAGGCAGACAAGUGGACACGCUGGGCUUGACUGCAGAGGAGUUAAAAGUCCUGAGGAGGACACAGGAGGAGCAUGAGAGGAGAGGUGGAUUCAUCCGUAUUUUCCCCACACCACAAACUUGGGAGCUUUACAGUGGCUAUCUGGAAUACAAGACAUCCAUGAACUCCAUGUUGGCUAAUAAACUUUUCCAUGGAAGAUCAGGAAAAACCUCUCUAACCACACAAAUCAGGCAGAGAUUGAAGGGUAAUGUGCCCGUAGAAGAGGAGGCCCAUAAAACCUGUCACGUAAUUCAGUAUGAGAGCAAACUGCUCUCUCUCGAAGCACGAAGACGCAGGAAACGGCACACAACUAGCCGUGCCACUCCUCGGAGAAGGAAAACUGGUCGAAGGCCUUUACCGCUAUUAGCGCACAGUAGUGAAAAUGAGGAAGCUGAUGAGGGAGAGGAGCAAGGACCACAGGGAAAGCAACAGCAGCACACAAUGUCUCUGGCACACACAGACCCUCAGCCCACCCUGUUGGAGAGGCACCGAACUGAAGAACACUUUCCAGCUAGAGUCAGCAAACCCAAAGUGGAUCUGCUCCAUAUUCUCCAGCAGGGGUGGGAUCUCAGUAAAGUCCAGGCACGCAUGGCCUUCUCCUCCUAUCUCCAUCGGGUCCAGAUGAGGCUGCUUGAAGAGAGCAGAACCAACAGUACCCCUGCCUGGGCACAAAAGGAAAAUGACCAGAUGGAGCUGGUAAUGCGUUUUCUGAUGCGAGCUGCCAGUAACCUGCAGCAGGACAUGCAGGUGACGUUAACCAGCCGCCAGCUUUCCGUGCCUGACCGUCGCCGUAUACUGGCUCAUCAACUCGGGGAGUUCAUCCACUGUUAUAACCAGGAGACAGAACAAAUGGGAAAAAGUUUGGAGAACACUGAAGAUAAAGAUCGGUGCAUCAAUUCUAAUGUGUUUCGGGAGUUUAUUUUGGAAGCAAGUGAAAGUGAUCUAGAAGAUGUCCUUACUCUGUACACUCACAAGAACAAGUCUGCCAGUGUGUUUUUGGGGAGUUCCCGAAGAGACCGCUCAGAGGAGCCAGCAAAGCAUCACUGCAGGAGAACUCUCCUAAAUGCCAAAGAAGGCUCUAGUGCUUCAGGAUCAUCGCUGACUGCCAAGACCAACUCGCCAAAAAACGAAGAAAUCCAAGAGAGUGUAACCAGACCAGGAUACAACAAAAGCAGUGUAACUGUGAACACGAACAGCCAUAGUAACACUAUCCAAAACAGUGACAAAUAUAGUACUGGUGGACACAAAGACAAAAGAAUACAUAAUGGAAAUACAGUGACAGAAGGUCAGUCUGCGAUCUCACCUGCCUUUGAGACUCAAGUACUGUCAAAGGAUUUCACUGCGCCACCUGAACCUGCAAAGAGUUGUAAAUUGCAAGUCAAGGCCCAGGGUUCUCAGCACACUUCAUCUUAUCAUGCAGCACUAGAUUGUGAGCAUAUCCACCUGCAGCAGUGCUUCCCACGAUCUGAACCUGAAGCUCAGCCCAAAAAUCAACCUCCCCCUUACAUCCAUCCUCCCCCUCACCUGCAUGCUGAAUCUCAAAGCAAACCACAAACUACCUUAUCUUCAUCAUCAACAAAUUCUCUGCGGCCAGCAAUGUGGGCUUCAUCCAAUUCAUGUUCACCUAGAUCAUUUUCAACUACUGAAGUGCAACAACAAACUCCGGGUUCACAAACGGCUCAGCUGGUCACUAGCAGUGUUUCAUCUUCCAGUGCCGGUACCACAAACAUGUUUGGUCAGAAAGUCUUGUGGCCUUCCUCUUCAGUGCAAGUAAGUAAUAAGGCCAAUAAAUCCAGACCGGCUUCUGCAGGAGUAUUGAAGCAGCCAGAUUCACUCUCAGCCCAGGCUCAGUCAAAUCAUCAGGCUAUUGUUGCCGCCUUGAAGAAACUAGUGGAGAAACAAGCAGCUCGCCAGUACAGCAGCUCCAGUCACAUUAGUCUUCUUACACAACAUUUGACCAGCCUGAACCUAGCGAGAGGAGUUUUCAGCCGAGCGGCUCAGAGCGUCACAUCAGGAGCUCAGCCUGAUACAGUGACAACUCAACACCCAGGCAUGAACCUCUCUGGUGCUGUGAGUGUGGAUGAUGGUAAUAGAAAGUGCCAGAGUGCCUAUAAUUUGGCAAAUGGAGCAACUUUGCAGCCCGCAUCAGGCAACUAUCAGCUCCAGUUUGCCAUCCAGCAGCUCCAGCAGCAGAAACAACAGUCCAGGAAGCUACUAGACCACAGCCGCUCUCGACAUCAGGCCAUGCUGGAUGGACACACUCUUGUGCCUGGUGCUCUACCCCGAAACCCUGUUCCCACCGGCAGUAGCGUUCAGGUUAACUGGCAGUCCCAGACCAGCACGAAGCAGACAGCAAGUUGGAGAGAUUCAUGCCAUCCUGAACCCCAGGUCUCUACACGGGGGACCACCGCUCUGACUCCCAAACCUCCCAGCAGCACAACCAAAGGCACACUCUCACGCAAGUCUGCCACUCAAAAGACCAACCAGCAAGCACCGCUUGAGGCUCCAUCCAGAAAUGACUUAUCCAGUCGACAAAAUGUUGUUUAUGACACCACCUGUGGAAAAACCGGUCUGUCUGUGUACAGCAAAUUAUUCCACUCUCACAGAUCCAGACCUAGAUGACUGAGCGAGGACUGGUUCAGCGCUUACCUGCUGGUGUUGGAUCUCCUCACAGGAACCAUUUUUGUCAUUCGGACCAAAGUGUCACUAUGGUUUACCAUGAUUGAAUAGAAAAUUCUGUUAAUAGUUUGGCUGAAAUUUCCACAAUUCUUCCAUUCUUCCCCGAAUGCAGUGAAUCAUCUGAGGUGUAUAGAGUAAGAAAUUUGCUUUUUCAGUUUUUCCACUGGAGCUACUAGGCUAAUGUGGAUAAUAAGCAAGGGAAGCUUAUAGCUGCAAGUCUCCAUCACAUAAUUGGCCCAGACCAGUUGUUAUAUAAUCCCAAAUAGACUUGCUGCUGUGGUUUCUGACAGUGUGACACACACUGAGCUGUUAGAAUAUGCUGCGUAUCUGAAAACAGAAAUAGCAGCCAUCUUAAAUCUGGUAUCACUUUCUUCAUCGAUGAUUAGUUUGGUAUCACACCACACAAGCGUCAGAUUUAGGUAGGGGGUCGAGAUUACAGAUGUACAGAUGAAAUGAUUCGGAUGACUAUAUUUAAUUCCUGUUAAAAAGAAUGCUGUGCAUUUUUAUCAAACUGUAUCUUUUGAAACAAGUGAUUUAAACAUGGCAUUUACACAGAAAGCUCAAACCUUUCCUGAUUUGUUAACAGCAUGCCUUAUAAAAAUAAACUAAAGCAAAUUACACAUGGGUGAAAAUUUCAUGUAAAUGUAAUUUUUGCCUGGAUUAUACCUUUUAAACAAAGUCCAGUGCUUUUCCACUGUGCAGGUAGCAUCCCUUUUUCGUUUCUAUUCUCUGCUAGCUAAUCUUGUUUCACUGUUAUCUUACUUCAUGUCCCAGCCCCUGGCCCAAUAGACAAGAAUCAUAUCUUUCCUUGUGGUGGAAGAACAGCUGACAAAUGCUGCUACCCCUGAGACCGUGUCUGACAUAAAACCGACCGUAUUUAUUUUUUUUGGACAGCAUGUGGCUGUGAGGAUAGCAUGCUGUGUAAGAAAUCCCUGGCUUUGACACGAGCGCAGAUCUGUUCCAUGGCCCAAGAUUUUCCGGUGGCCUUCAGUUCCUCCCCGUCCUACUGCUGCAGUUGUCCAGCCCCAUUUUCACCCUGCAACUGCUGCCAUCAAAAGACUGAAUAGACAGGCAACAGCAGCUGCUAGCUCCACUCAACCUCUCAGCCUGAGCACUAGAAGAGUAAGCUUCUUUACACAUACUUUCAGACUUCAGUCUUCAAUACACUUCAACACUUUCAGUUUGAAAAAAUAUUUGCAUAAAGUUUAUCAGCUAUAAUGUUUGCAUUAGGAAAGAAAAAAAAAAAAAAACAGAAGUGUGGUGUGAUACCUCCACCAUGUGUUUUAUUCUUCUUAUGCCACAGCGAUUUGCUAAUGGUUACAGUUUUUUAUUCAUUAAUGCACUUUUAGAUGCAUUUUUAUUAGUUUUUCUGCAAUAUGUGUUACUACUUUACAUUCCUAACAGCUAUAAACAAUCAUUCCCUCGCCAAUGUCUAUUAUUUUCUCUCUCUUGAAGUUAACAAAACAGAAAUCGCAGCUUGUCAUGUUACCAAAAAAGCACCUCUGUUGCUGUGAUGGAUCCCUUACUGAGCUUUACAAAGCUGUGACACUGGAGACUCCCUCCAUGAACGUUAAAUAAAUCUCCUAACAUUUCCUAAUAUUUUUCUUUUUGUGAAAUACAUGUUGUUGUUUUUUUUUAUGUAGUUUAUGUAGCCUGCCCUACGUGCAAAUCCCUGCGAAUAAUCUGAAACGAUGAUGUAUUAGAGCGAGCGCAGAUUCAAGAAUUCAGCAACGCUGUAGUAUAACACUGAUUAUAAAGAGCCUUUCGACUGAUUAUAAUGCGCAUUAAUGCCGAUUGUAAACUAUUACUAAAGGACGAUUGCCUGGUAAUAGAGAUUGCGAUCAGCACACAUACCUUCACGUAUCAAUAAGCACUGUGUCAGACCAGACCACAAUACUCUCCACAAGUGCCUCAUUAAGGUGCCACAUACUGCUUGUGUAUUGAUUUUUAUUACCUUGUGUGCUGUAUUUUUAUGAUCGAUUCCAAAUGUACUGCACGAAUCUGUCAGACAUAACGGCUCCAUCGUGUCAGUGAUUGGUGUACCUCAUUAACACACCCUAAAAAUAAAUCGAGGGAUUCCUCUUAAUGUCUUUCCACUGAAAAUGGUUACACUGUAUGUCGCCAUGUCCAACUCCAUAGGGCAGCAGGUCGCACUUCACAAUGAGUUAAAAGUUUAAUAUCCUGAAAAGCUUGACAGUCUGUGUGACUCAUUGUCGGGUUUUGUUGAUGUUCUACAAAACUUCAACAUAUUUCUGACACAGGUUAAUUAGAACAAAUGGUGUUUCCCUUUUUUCGCUACAGGUCAUUAGUUAUUUUCAGUCAUAAAGUCUGGCCAGCAGUGUACUGUAUAUUAUUAUUGAUGUAUGCAAAAUAAAGCCUGAUGUCCCCCAUUGAGGAUAUUGUUGUACUGUAACAUUUGGAACUCAGGGUUUGGUUAUUUAAAGAACAUUUGUUUUGGGUUUUUUUUAUGUUUUACAGUGUUAAUGAUUUAUAUUGUGUUUUGUCUUGUGUGCAUUAUCGCAUUAUUAAUCAUUUCACUGUGGAACCAGAUAUUGAAUGUGUUGCAUGAAAAUGUUCUUUUCAGUCAAUGGUAUUUAUAUAGAGAACAAAAUGUCGUUGAUAGUACAUGUUGUGAAACGUCUACAGUGAAUUUUACUAUAAUAUAGAAGAAAACUGCUUUUCCUGUGUUACAAUUGAAAGAAUUGAAUGUGUAUACUUGAACAUGUGCUUGUUUAUGGAACUAUGCUGCAUCAUGAUUUCAUAGUAGUAUCUUUUUUUAUUCAGCAUUAAUUAUUUAAUUAAAAAGGUUUUUCAGCAUUUUUGAGCCUCCACUUACAUAUCCAUCUCUGUAUACCUGACC